AUGAAUGCACCAGACGACGCUGAGGAAUUUCACGAUGCGCUUGAUGAUUUUCCAUUUUACGACUGUGUUGAAACCUUUUCCGAAAAAAUCGAAUCCGAUCGUUCCCCGUUGACGUCAAAUAAAUCUUCACCUCCGUCGACUCUACGCCGCCGCCGAUCUACUGAUCAUCGACCAUCCUCCGACACAGACACGGUGGAGUACUCAGAGCCUCGUUCUUCAGUUAGUUUGGAGGAUUACGUGAAUGCCAGAAAUAGAAAGCCCACACUGUCCCGCAAAAUUAAGGAAAGCGAGAGGCAAUUUGAAAAUUCAGAAAAAAUGGAGCCUUCUGGUUCUGUGGAGGUCAAAUAUAUUUUGGGAAAUUCAGAAAGUAUUGUAAAUGAAGAGGAUAAAGAGAAGAAUGGUGAACAUUCCGUAGUUACGGAUGCAAACAAUGAAAGGAAUGAUAUUGUUGGAGAUGAGUCAAAUUUGAGGGAAACCCAUGAUACAAAUUCAAAUCUUCUGUUAUUAAUAGCUGGUUUAGUAAUAAAAGCCAUUGGCUUUCAAGUUAAUUUGAUGGUUGGUUUUUUCAUGUUUCCAAUUUGGUUAAUUUAUUACUCAUGCUUGUUUGCAAUUAAUCCAUUUGGGGUUUUUAGGCGUGCUAGACUGCAUUUAAUUCAAAAGAUUAUAGGAAUUUGGACUUUUAUAUGUGAAAAUGUGUCUCCAUCUGUGUAUGAAUGGUUAAAAGAGCACAAGUCAAUGUGGAAAUUAGGCUUGAAGUGCGGAUGGGGAUUGUUGUGGUCCGGUUAUGUGUGCAUUGUAUUGACGGGAUUGUUGAUAUCAGCAUUUGUGAUUGGUGGAUUACUGAUUAAGAGGGUGGUGGAGGAGCCAAUAAGAAUGAAAGGAAGUUUGAAUUUUGAUUACACGGAGAAGAGUCCGGUGGCAUUUCUACCAAUAACAGCAUGCCCGGAGGUUACAGUUUCAUUGACAUUGCCUGAGUCUGACUACAACCAAAAUCUUGGGAUUUUUCAGGUUAGAGCAGAUUUCCUUGCUGCCGAUGGUAGAACUCUUGCAAGCUUAAGGCGUCCGUGCAUGUUGCGAUUUAUGAGUCUGCCUAUCCGCCUUUUGCUGACUUUUGUAAAAGUUGCUCCUAUUUUAACUGGUUAUACUUCAGAAUCCCAGAAAUUGGACAUAAAGCUUAGAGGAUAUAUUGAAGGUGCCACGCCAACUGCCUGCUUAAAGGUGAUAAUUGAGCAACGAGCCGAAUUUUUUCAUGGUGCUGGUAUUCCUGAAAUAUAUUUUGCAUCUGUAUUGCUGGAGUCGGAACUUCCAUUUCUGCAAAAACUCAUAUGGUAUUGGAAGAAAACAUUAUUUGUAUGGAUUAGCUUGACUCUCUUUACAAUGGAGUUGAUUUUUGCUCUUCUCUGUUGCAAACCCUUCAUUAUCCCAAGAAUAAGACUAAGGGAAGAUUCUCCGAACAAUGGUGCUUCACAGAAUGAUCGCCCAGUUUAG